AUGCAGAAUAAAAAAGUAAGACAGCAACAAUCUGCGUCGGUAUCAGGCUUCUUUGAGGAACCGCCACUUUUCCCGAACGGUCUGCGAGCACACCUUGCAACCAACUCAGAAGGCCGACUUGCCUUAAGAUCGGGUGUAAACUUGGACCACACUUCCCGCACCCAUUUGGUAAGAUCUGUGGUCGAGUAUUUGUUCAAAUACUUCUCAUGUAAGAACAAAAUAAACUCACAAAUCCUCCAAAAAGCAGCGGCGGAAAUUGUACUAGAAUACCUGAACGAAAAGACUUCGGUGUAUUUUGUGCCCGGAAAACCGAAGAAGAAACACAGUAGCAGAACAUUAAGCAGCGGAAAGCUAUUCAAUAGGUACCGGAAAGUACUAAGAAAACUUGGUGGCUUAGUCGUCGAACACGAUUCCGAUUAUGUACCAAAUGUUGAGAAUGUAGAAGGUAUGUUCCCAGAAAAAAACAAAUUUUAUGAAUUACGGGGCUCAGAUCACGGAACCCAAGGAGGACUCAGCGGAGUGUAA